CACACAACGCGUGAGCAGUCUGAGCAGCCCAGCAAAGCAACAUGCUGCACAAGCAGGGCUGAGUUGCAAGUAGGAUAUCAUACAUGUGCCUGAUGCCUGUUGGUCAUUAUGGAUGAAACUUCAAACUCUGAUCGUGCCUUCAUACCAUCUACUUUUGAUGGCUCUCACCAGGAAGUUGCCAUAUUGUCUGGCAGUGUUGGUGGGUGGAGUACCCAUCAGUUCAAUAGCAGUCAUGCUAUUUGGCAUGGGGAAAACUUCACUGAAUCACCAGAAAAUAGGACAAUUACCCAGCCAACAAUGGACUUUGACCCAUUAGGAGGACAUACAGUCUUGCAGGUUGUAGUAAUUGUCUUCCUCACUGGGUCACUUUCACUUGUUACUAUUCUUGGGAACAUCUUAGUUCUGUUGUCCUUCAAGAUCAAUAAGACGCUGAAGACUGUGAACAACUACUACUUGCUGAGCUUGGCGUUCGCUGACCUGACCAUUGGCACACUAUCAAUGAACUUGUAUACCACCUACAUCAUCAUGGAUCAGUGGGCUCUGGGCCCGGUGAUCUGUGACUUGUGGCUUGCAAUUGACUAUGUAGCCAGUAAUGCUUCAGUCAUGAACCUCCUUGUCAUUAGCUUUGACAGGUAUUUCUCUGUGACCAGGCCUUUGACCUAUCGUGCAAAGCGUACAACCAAGCGAGCCAUGACGAUGAUUUGUUUAGCUUGGUCCAUAUCAUUCAUUCUUUGGGCCCCAGCCAUCCUGUUCUGGCAAUACAUCGUUGGAGAGCGGACAGUGCCGCCUAAUGAAUGCUUCAUCCAGUUUCUGUCUGAGCCCAUUAUUACAUUCUGCACCGCUAUAGCUGCAUUUUACUUGCCGGUUACUAUAAUGACAACCCUGUUUUGGAAGAUCUAUCAGGAGACAGAGAAACGUGUUAAGGAUAUACAGGGUCUUAAGGGCUCUGGUGCAGGAAACAGCCAGACUCAAAAUCACAGGAGUGGCAAUGGUGUGACCAAGAGCAAAACGGAAAAACCAGACACAACUUCAACACAACAAAUGAGUGCCACGAACGACAGGAGCGACGAGCAAAAUCAACUGCCUUCAGACAACACGAAUGACAACUCAAGUAUUCCAAGAGGAAUGGGAAGCAGAGGGAUAUGUGGAGUAUUCCUCUUCCAGUUUUCAUCACAUUUAUGCCAGGGUUUUAAAAGGGCUGAAACCACUGCCACAGCAGAGCAGAGUUGCUGUGACAGUUUAAAUAACAAUGAUCCUUCAGAGGAGGAAGAGGAAGGAAAUGAUGCAGACCAAAUAAAACUUGCGACAGAUGGAAAGAAGACUAAAAGGGCAAAGGACAAGGACAGAAAAUCAUCAGGGUCAACCCAUUCACUACCUGCUGACACAUCCCCUGGAAAUAUCUCCAUAACAGAUGCGGCCAUGGCGAAAAAGUUUGCCUCGAAAGCCAAGACAGAGGCUAACAAGCGCAAGAAUGACAAAAAGGCAAAUGACAAGAAAGCAGCACGAACACUGAGUGCCAUCCUUUUGGCCUUCAUUACGACUUGGUUGCCCUACAAUAUAAUGGUCUUAGUUAACGCCUUCUGCCAAGACUGUAUCCCAGGAACGCUUUGGGCACUGGGCUACUGGUUGUGUUACGUGAAUAGCACAGUCAACCCUAUGUGCUACGCCCUGUGUAACAAGACUUUUCGAACAACGUUCAAAGAUAUCUUAAUGUGCCAGUGGAAUCAAAAUAAAAGCAAGCUUCAAUUUAAUAAGAGGAAUACUGCAGCUUGCCGAAAGAAAGAUCAAAUGUAGACCAGAAGUAUGAUUCAAAUAUUACAAUUUCGAAAUUGUAGUUUGGCAAGACAUGCUUACCCUACUAAAAAACAGACCUGUACUGCGAUCCUCAGAAAUUCCGAUACUCUUCCCAAAGACAGAGGUUUUCCCACAAAAUUGGGAAAAAGAUUUAACAUACUGUAAAACUAUUAACUCUUAAAAUGGCAAUGCUGACAUUGAUUCAGAUUUAAAGCAAUGUCCAAUUAAUAUUUCAACAAAUGACAAUAUUUAUGUAUAUAUAUUUUGUUUCGAUUUUUAUUCUUUUUAGGGCAUGAAGAAAGACAAACAUUCAUAUUUUUUUUACCAUAAACGAGUACAAACAAUAGAAGAAUGUGCUAAAUUUUGUUUUAUGAUAAACCUAUUAACAACUAUUUCUUUUUAUGUUUUAAAACAUAUUGUAGCACACUUUCACACAUUUUAACAUUGUAAGGGCCUAUUUUUUUUUUGUCCUGAAUAAUAAUCAUAAAAAUAAACAGCGCCCAACCACGAAGCUUUCCACUAAGCUAACAUCUUCAAAAGGUUUGUGAGGGUGCAGGACUGGAAUUGCAGCAACAACGACCAACCUAUGAACAUCUGCAUCAUCGAACAGUCUGUUUCUCUGAAUAUUUCUUUUCAAAUCAACCUUUUUAUAUGCUAAAUUCAUCAAUCCUAGGCUGGUUGAAAGCAAACAAAGCAUCCAGGGCAUAAUGGCAUACACUGCAUCCCGGCGUCUGUUUGCAUUUUUGACUUCAUGAGACGGGACCAGUGACUCCCUGUGCCGAAUCUGCCGAGAGAAAUCUCAAGUACUUUAUGUACUUGACUUACACCAUCUCAUCAAUUAACUUACCAGGAAACCGAUACGUAAAGAAAUUGACUAGUCUUCUUCCCUCAGCAUUCAUUUUACAGUUUCCUAGAAAAGGAAGCAAAUCUCGUGACUGUAUAAAAAAGACACAGGUCAAUUAGGAUUACCGAAAUUAUUUCUACUCUAUAAUUAGACAAUACAGUCUUGGCUAAAAACUUUUUAGCCAUGACUGUAUGUCUCGGUUGUUCUCAGCUACUCAUCAUCACUGGAUUUCCUGAGGUCCCUUGAGGUCUAGAACAUAUGCCCAAAUAACAGUGUUGCCAACAUAAACUGCAAAUAUUCGGCACAAGUAUAUUCGAUUUGAAAUAACUAACCUAUAACAGUUUUAAAAAUGCACCCACUUACAAGCCUAGAUAGUCAUAACCAUAAGUAAAAACACCACAUGACUUACACUGGAAAUAUACUAACCAAUGACAUGACAUCCAGAGUACUGGACAUGUGUAAUUCCAAUUUACUAGUUCUUUGAAAUAUUUUUUUCACAACAAAAAGAAGAAUAUUGUUCCUUAGAUGUUUCUGCAUAUCGGCAUAUCAUUUUUAUUUUAUUUUUUUACCUCUCUGGUUCUCCUCCAGUAAAAAGACUGGCAGGAUAUUCCAGCAGUGGUCAACAAGUGUGGCAGUUUGUCAACCAUCUUGGAUUCAGAGGAAGUGUUCUUGUGGUAACAACAACUAACCACUGAAUAGAUUUCAGUGGAGGGGAGCAGUGAAGAGCAUUAUAACCCCUGAUAUGCAAUUCCACCAUAGAAACCAUGGCAUUUAGAAGAAAAUGGUUCUUAUAACAAAUGAAGGGGGGCACCAAAUAAAAUCUCGCCAAUGCUUACACAGCAACAGCCUCGGAAGAACUAGGCAAUUUAAUGAUGAUAUCAUCUUUGAAAACGUUCAGAUACAGACAUUUGUCACACUUUUUGAUCAUAGGUCAAAUUAAUAGAGGAAAAUGAUUGCUGUUUCCAAGAUAGAUAGAUAGCUAUCGAUGCUAUUCUCCAAAUGACAUUUUUCUUUGAAAGUAAAAUGACUAAGGCAGCACCCAGUUGUAUAGGUUAGCACAUCUUUCUCACAGUUAAGAGGUCACGGGUUCAGGUUUAAACUCAGGCCCUCCUUUGUGGAGUUUUGCAUUUUCUCCUCAGGCUUGCGUAGGUUUUCUUCAGAUACUCCCCAAACGUUUUGACAAGGCAUGAUUUUAAAGUACCCUACAAAAAAAUCAGACCUGUACUUUGAUGCUUACAAAUUCCUACACACUUAUUAAACACCCCAUCAUUAUUCAUUGAACUAAUUUAAGCUUUGUAAACGGAUUUCUGACAUCAGAAUUAUGCACAAAGGGCCUGAUUUAAGGUUUGCACAUGCAGAUUGAUGUUGAUUGCUCACACAAACAGAUGUGGAGGCUGAUCUACAAACUCGCCGUACCCAGUCUGCCAAAAGGGCAAGAUUACAGUGUUCAUUUUGCGCUGCAUAAAAUAAUUUGGUGCAUAAUACCACAUGCAUGAAUGCUCCUGAGCAUUCACACAAUAAAUGUCCUGUCCUGUCCUGUUCUACCCUGUCCUAUUCGCUACUUAUUUUGCUUUCCUCACCAGUACCCAUACUGUAUACACUAUAGAUAUAAUCCAACUUCUAUAUUAUUGUAGUCAUAUACUACAAUUGUUUUGCUGUUGUUUUAUUUUGUUGUCAUUGUUUUUGUUCCGUUCUCUGGUUUCCCUCUGUUUGUCCACUCUCAAACCUUUUACUGUUUAUUGACUGGUUUUUCAAUAAAUAUCUAACUCAAUACAAAGUGCAACAGAGGAAGUCUAUCAAACUUCAAAAUGGUUCUGGCAUGUUACAGCAUACAGAUCCAUCAUAGCGCAUGUCUAAGCAACUGACAGGACAAGUUAAAUUACUUUUUUAGAUAUAUACAAUUUUGUAUUCACUACUGUAUAACAUACAAUCAAUGUUAUCCGGAAAAAGGACCAACUUCAACUUUAUCAACAAAAGACCAUUUUUCUUUCAAACAUCUGACCAUAAUUAUGAAAUAUUAUCUAUCUGGUUAUCUCAUUUGUGGUGCCUUGACAUACAAGUUGAAUUUGUUCCGUGACAACGCUCGUAUCUCUAAACUCUUGUAACUCAAAUCAUCUUUCUCCAUUGAAAUGAAUGGAAUUGCCAUAAAUAUGCUCCUUCUGGUGUGCAUGCGUUGGCCAACAGGGGGCAGUUAUACAGUCAGACGGAUUUACAUGAAGCUGCAGUAAAACAUAUAUAUAUAUGACCCAUUCCCAUGUAUUUUUUGUACAUUCAGUACAUACAAAAAUGUGCAAAUGGCAAUUUAUUUACAAUUCCUGAGUGAUUUUAACAAGCAAUGUUUACCCUACCCUACCCUGUUCAUUUUUUAAAUACAUUUUAGUGUUUUGUUGUUGUUUGUUCUCUUAAAUGGACACACAGAUGAGUGUUUUGUGAUGAUGUGAUGAUGAUAAUAUUUCAUGGAACUUGCAACACUCAUUUGUAUGAUGUAGUCUACAGGAAGAAACGAUUGUGUGUGUCAAAUCACAAGUCCAAUUUAAGGUGAAUAAACCAAACCAUUGAGACACU